AUGUCUUCAGAUAACCAGUGGUCAGCAGGUAAGGAUGAAGGCCCAUUUUCCCGACUGAUCAGGAAGUCUAAGGACUCCCCGUUUGUCCCUGUAGGUCUAGCAGGUUUUGUGACUGUGGUGUCAUAUGGGCUUUACAAGUUAAAGUACAAAAGAGAUGAGAAAGUAUCCAUUCAUCUAAUUCACAUGCGAGUUGCUGCCCAAGGAUUUGCUGUAGGAGCUGUGACUCUAGGUGUUCUCUAUUCUAUGUAUAAGGAUUACAUUAGACCUCGAUUCUUCAAUGUGUCCAAAAAAUGA